CAAGUGACAAGUCAGAUCCAUGUUUCGAGGAAAACCAGUGGCGCCUCCACAGGAAACGCCCACUGUUUGGUUUUCUACGGCCACCACUAUAUAAUAUCAGAGCUCAGAUCCACAAAUUAAUAUCAUUCAAAAAUCAAUCGAGUUCAAGUGAUAGAGAGAUCGAUACACUGCGAUUACAAAACAGAGAUGAGUUCGGUAAGCAGAGCUUGGAUCGUGGCUGCGAGCGUUGGAGCGGUGGAAGUAUUAAAAGAUCAAGGCAUCUGUAGAUGGAAUUAUGUGUUUAGGUCACUACAUCAGCACGCCAAGGGCAAUAUGAGAUCCUUCUCCCAGGCUAAAAAGGCCUCUUCUUCUUCUUCUUGUCCGGCGGCGACGACUUCAAUGGUGAAAGCCGCUAAGAAGGUUGGUGACGAGAAAUUGAAACAAUCAGAGGAGUCGCUCAGGAAAGUUAUGUACCUCAGCUGUUGGGGUCCCAACUGAAUUAUAAAAUUUUUUUUCUUCUAUCUUUCGAGCAGGAAUUCCUUGAUGAGUGUGAGAUCGUAAACCCUAGUGGAAAUGCAGACGAUGGAUCGAUGGACGGGUUUUGAGUAGAAAGUUUCCAUAUCCAAAUCACCGUUCAGAAUUGUAAAUACAAUAUUCCAAAUUGUUUGUGGAAUAAGAUGAAAUAUACAAGCUUUGUUUUGUUACAUACCUUACCUUGU